CUCUCUUCGCCUCUGCAUUUAUUCCUCCGCCAUGACCUCAAAUUAUAAAAGACAAUUUUUUCUGCGGGAAGAAAGAUAAUUAGCCGCCCGACUCCUUCCGCAGCGUUAGGACUGUCAGUGGCGAUCGGCCAUGGCGGCGAUCAUUAACGGCAGCCUGGUUCUCCUCCUCGUCGCCGCCGCCGUAUCGGCGUUCCUGCUCCGGGUCCUCUUCUACAAGACGGGGUUCAUCUACGCCGUGAAGAAGCAGUGGCGGUCGGUGGAGGACUGCUUCCACGUCUACCAGAUCUUUAAGGUGCCGGAGUUCAACGACGGCAAGCAGGAGAACCUCCUCUACCGGAAAGUCUCCGCCUACCUCCAAUCCCUCCCUUCCAUCGAGGACUCCGAUUUCACCAACCUCUUCACCGGCCGGAGCCGCCACGACAUCGUCCUCCGCCUCGACCCCAACCAGGUCGUCCACGACACCUUCCUCGGCGCCCGCGUCUCCUGGGUCAACGACGACACCGGCCCCGCCCGCGUCUUCGCCCUCAGGAUCAGGAAGGCCGACAAGCGCCGCAUCCUCCGCCCUUACCUCCAGCACAUCCACACCGUCUCCGAUGAGCUCGACCAGAGGAAGCGGGAGCUCCGGCUCUACGUGAACUCGGAGUGGGACCCGGCGCGAUCGGGCGGCCGCGGGAGGUGGCGUUCCGUCCCCUUCACCCACCCGUCCACCCUCGAGACGAUCGCCAUGGAGCCCGAUUUGAAGAACCGGGUGAAGUCCGACCUCGAGCUAUUCCUCAAGUCGCAGCAGUACUACCACCGACUGGGCCGGGUCUGGAAGCGGAGCUUCCUCCUGUAUGGCCCGUCGGGGACCGGGAAAUCGAGCUUCGUCGCUGCCAUGGCCAAUUUUCUGUCCUACGACGUGUACGACAUUGAUCUCUCUAGGAUUACGGACGAUGCCGACUUGAGGACGCUCCUGCUGGAAACCAGCAGCAGGUCUGUGAUAGUCAUUGAGGACCUCGAUCGGUUUUUGAUGGAGAAACCCGGGUCCGUGAGCCUAUCGGGAAUCCUGAACUUCAUGGACGGGAUACUGAGCUCGUGCUGCGCCGAGGAGAGGAUCAUGGUGUUUACGAUGAACUCGAAGGACCAUAUUGACCCUGCCAUACUGAGGCCCGGGCGGAUAGACGUGCAUAUACAUUUCCCGCUGUGCGACUUCUCUUCGUUCAGGAGCCUGGCCAACAGCUGCCUCGGGGUCACCGAUCACAAGCUGUUCCCCCAAGUCGAGGAGAUUUUCCAGACAGGGGCGAGGCUGAGCCCUGCCGAGAUCGGGGAGCUGAUGAUCACGAACCGGAACUCACCGAACCGGGCACUUAAGUCAGUCAUCACUGCCCUCAGGACCGGAGGCGACGCGAGGGUCCCUACAAAAAUCGGGCAGCGGUUGUGCGAGGACGUGUCUUCCUCCGCCGACUCGAGCGGUAUAUUCUUCAAGGAUAGUAAUGCAAUCAAGGAUAUCAAGAGACUGUACGGUUUCUUGAGGAUUAAGAGCAGCAGAAAGUCGUCGCACUCUUUCGACGAGGCUUCAGGGCAAAACGUCCGAUGACAAGGCCCUCCCGGCGCGAAACAUCUUCUUGGUUUUCUUUCUCGACUUUAGUCCAAUUCAAAGUUGAGCAUGUAUGGGGUGAAUCCGCAUUGUAAAUUACCGAUUCGUAUAGGCAAAAUUGUUCGAGACACAAAUUGCAUCCACAGGAAAUCAAUUGGAUCAAGGGAAGGAUUUCUCUGCCAUUGCCAAUGGUGCCUAGUGAAACUGAAACUGGUCAUCGUGUGCAGCCUUGCCCCCGGUCGACCAUGAGGCAAGUACAAGAAUAGGAAUGCGAAAUGAAGUGGCAUUAAAGUCUCGUGGGCGAGGAUCAAUAGUUUGGAAUUUUUUGUUAUUAUUAGACGACUUAUGUCGCUGUACUAAGUCAUCUUCCUCCUGCAAAGUGUAGCUUAGGGCUCAAUAGUCUUUGAAUACUCAAAAGUUGCCAUAAUCAGAAUAUGAUUCCUCCUUUUGUGGACUCUAUGAUUUGAUUUCA